CAAAGUACAAGAUAGUUGACAUUGAUAUAAAAUUAUUGAAAAUGGAGACAAAAGGGAUAACACUAUCAAUUUUUGCUGGAAGUUUUGCAGCAUUGGCAUCAGUUAGUGCUAAAUUAGUAACUAGUUCUGAAAUAACAUACAUAUCUGAGAUUAUUUUAGGUUCUUCAGGAAAUGCCGGCAUUCUUCAACAUCUACCAUUAGUUAUAAGAGGUGUCUGUCUAAUUGCGGUGUUUUUAAGUAAUGCCUUAAUGUGGACAUUCUUCACUAAAUCUUUACAGUAUUUAUCAUCUAUACAAGCUACUAUAACUAAUACAUCUACCAAUUUCUUAGUUUCUGCUAUUAUAGGAAAAAUAUUAUUUAAAGAAUUAUUACCAAUAUUAUGGUGGAUUGGUAGUGUUUUUAUAUUACUAGGACUCUUAUUAAUACAUAAAGAUGGACAAAAAACUAAGGAAAUAAAGGAAAAGAAAUCAUAGUACAUACAGUAGAAAGAACAGUUCAUUUAAGCUGAAUUGAGCCACUUCUUAAUAAGUUAGCAUGCUUUCAUAAGCAUUUAUGGAGAUUGUAUCGAUAAGAUUUUUUAAAUCUGGUUUCUGAUGAUACAGAUCACAUGGAACAAGCAUCUAGGCGUUCGUAAUAUUCAAAUAUAAACACCAAGCAAACAUUCCAGUACACGUACAUUGUAAUAAGAAAAAUAAAAGAUUUUCUAAUU